ACUGCCUGUCUCUGUGUCCAUUGAUUUACAAACCGCAGCAAGAGCCAUUAGCAGCCCUCUGCUGACAUACUGCAAACAGUAAUGAAGCUUUUUCUGAGUUUCUUAGCACUUAAUAUAUUGUUUCUGUUCACAUACUCUGCGCCCCCAACGUGCUACUCCAGAGUGGUCGCCCUGAGCAAAGAGAUCACGCAAUCGUACAAAACGCUGCAGAAGUUUGUACCCGCUGGACCAUGCAAGGAUUCUCUUCCAACUCUGUACCUGGACAUCCAUAAUUCCUGUGUAAUGACAAAACUGCGCGACUUUGUCUCAGCUCCAAACUGUGGAAGACUACCAAGGGUGAAGGCUUUAAUGAAGAAAGCAAGAAAUCUGUACAAUAUUAUGAAUACAGCUUGUAAAAGAGACUUGGUCUUCUUUACUGAUGAUUGUGAAGCUCUUGAGUAUCUGCCAACUCCAACACCCACUGCAGUCAUUUUGAGAUAAAGUGUAUGAUGUUUGGGGGCUAGAAAAUCCCUUGAUACUGGUAGACACACUAACUUCUUAGAGCUGAAACUUCUGUCUGAUGGGUGAACAAUGGCAGGAACCUAUUAAAUCUAAGUGACCAUUAGGAAACACAAAGAAAGUUUCUAAAAAGAAAGCACAUAGUUCACUUAUGGUCUUUGAUGGAUGGACGGUUAGAAGAGAAACUAUUAUAUUUUCAUCUUUUGGACAUCUUGUUCAACAUCCUCUUACUCUGUACACCCCGGAGUGUAUGUAAUAUCAUAAGAAAAAUAAUUGGAUAAAAUUGUACUCUUGCUCGUCUUCCAAGAUUCUUCUUAUCCUUGGAACUAGACUUUGUAGUCCUAAAAGCUCAUAAAUUAUCUUGUCAUUUAAUAUCUUUUCCCACCAACAAUGUAUAAACUCCAGAACACUUCAGUUCUUAUCUUAUUUCUUGGUGGACAAAUGCAGUAAAUAUGUCACCCUUUUGUGUUCAGCUCUCACUAUUGACUUUUAAGUAAAUACAACAGUUUUAUAGUCAUUUUCUAAAUAAAUGCAUCAUUGUGUUUGAAA